AUGAUGAAACCAUUUCGUCAAAAUGAUUUGGAUAGUAGAGCGAAGAAGAUUUACAAUUACCGAACAUCACGAGCACGCCGCAUAGUUGAAAACGCAUUUGGCAUACUAGCAGCUAGGUUUAGAAUUUACAGAACACAAAUUAAUUUGUCAACUAAAAACAUAGAGUCAGUUGUUAGAGCAACUUGUGUUUUGCAUAACUAUUUGAUGACAACUUCAUUGUCUUCAUAUGGUUCGUCAGAUUAUUUUGACAGAGAAAACUUUGAAGAGAGUACAACGUCAGCAGGACUUAUAACUAGAAGAUCAACGCUUGAACCAUUACAACGUACUCGUCAAGGAGAUUCUGAGAGAACAGCAAAACAAAGAAGAAAUGAAUUUAUGAGUUAUUUUGUGAACGAGGGAAAAGUCCACUGGCAAGAUAAUUUUAUACAUUCAUUAAUAGGCUCUAUUUCUUCCUUCAAAAUUUAAAUAAAAU